UGCUUUUCCCUUACAAUCGCUUUCGUUUAUGUAGCGUUUUGUUCGCACUUCAUGAGUUAUUUGUUUCUGUUUUCUUUCAUUAAAAUUUGCAGGUAAAAUAAACUUAUUAGAUACAGUAUUGGCUGGAAUAGAAUGCUAUGUGAGGAAGGGGGAUCUAGUACAUCCGUUCAAGAUUCCCAACAAUCAAAUCAUAAAAGAAAGGCAUCAGAAGACCCUUUAGCAACCAUGGACAAAAAAUGUUUGAUUAGAGAUUUCGCCUGUAUUCUUUGUCAGCGCAUCUGCAAUGUUCCCGUAGCCACCACGGUUUGCAUGCACAGAUUUUGUGAAGGUUGUAUGAAUCCGAGGAUAGCAGCAGGUAAUUUACGAUGCCCCCGAUGUAACAUGCAGCUUGAUCCACUCCAACCUGUUUGCCAUGAUUCGAACUUUGAGGAUAUCAUCGCCAAGAUAGGUUUUGACUUAACAACUGUACAUGAUCUUUGCGCAAGGAAACCUCAUUCUACAUCAAGUGAUGAAGAAUAUAUGGACAUGUGUAAUGUAUCCGAGGAACGUCGAAAAAUCAUUAGAAAAAAGAAUGCGCCCCACUGUCGAAUCCAUCCACUUGCCGCUGAACACGCAUUCUACUGGGAUCGUAAAUUUAGUGGGAGUAAUGUAUUAGUGCAGCGCUAUCUGAAGAAGAUGGGUUUACCACAUUCUGAUCCUCCCGUCACGUUGCCUAAGAUCCCUGAGCAUGAUGGUGUUGAUGCAGAAGAACGUCGACCGUUUCGAAUUUAUGGAAAUCUCAUCAACCAUGUUCCCCCUCCGCUUCGUGAUAAACGGGCAAGAGAUCUAUGUGGGUAUGAUGCUGAAUAUAAAUUGUUCGAGUGCAACAAAGAUCAUGUUUGGCCGACGAUUGAGAGGAAAGAGCCCAACCGGUUUGGAAUUACGGCCGAGUAUCGGAAGAAUCUUGCCAAAGUUACUCGAAUGUCACGAUCAAAAUCGAAGCCAUUGGAUAAUACCAGCAGCGAUUUAGCAGGAGGAGAUUCUGGUGAUGAGAAGCCUCUAGCAGCUUACUUGAAGUCGAAGUCAAGCGAGCCUCAUUUGAAAGCAGACUGCGAGGCGGACAUUUUUCUGGAAAAGGAAGCAAAUGGAGAAUCUUCAAUCAACGGAUCAGAUACUGAAGACUUCAAAGAUUUUUCAGCUGAGCGCCAUCAUCUAUACCUUAAUCGGCAGUCAGCACCAUCAGUAGCAGUGAUUCUUCGUCCAAACCGAAAUCCCAAGUCAUCAUCCCGACUAGUCCCUCCCCGUGAGCUCCCGUCAUUUUACCUUUUCGUUGAUGAAAAAGGGACCAUUGCACAUAUCGAGCAAUUUGUUGUAAUGCGCAUCAGCUCCAAGUAUCCUCGAUCCAGUGGGAAGAUUUCCGUUGUUCUUAGCAGUAUCCUAUGGGAGUGCAAAGCUGCGCGAAUGGCAAUGCUCCAGUGUAUGCAUGAGAGUAACGGGCAUAGCUCUUCGCAGGUUACUCCUUCGAAAAAUGAUUUGACAACACUUCCGGAAAUCGAGGCUCCUGCAAACAGUACUGCAUAUUCUGUAAGCACAAAAGAUGAUGACAGCACGGUGUACGCGACAGAAUUCCCUGUGAAAAAAUUGGAAGGCGAUCUUCAACUUUGUGAUAUGCGUGACGCUGAAAAGAAGUCCGUCAUUUCUUUGCUGUACACUGUGGCGCCAUCAACUGAUUGAUUAUGCCUUAAGAUAUCUUACAUUGCCUUUUGCAAUCAGAUCCGAUUCGUUUUAUGUUCUCAAGCUAAUUUGAUAUACAUUCUACGUUCCAGUCAUUUUGUUGUAUCGCAUUUACAAUAAUUGCCUGUGCUGUGACCGAUGUUUUGUCUAAAUUUCGCUUUAAUCAUAGAGCAGUCUCUACUUCAAUGAGGGUUGAUUAGUACUGGUUGUGGCAUCAGAGGCACUCGCGUUUCCACUUCCUCUAUGAUGAUUUUCUUUUGUUCACAAUCUGCUAUUCUCAUAUGGUGAUACUUAGACUUUGUAUAUUCAUUUCAGUGUAACAUAGAGUAUAUAUUGUCUCAUCGAAGUGCAUAGAAGUUUACCAAAUGGUUACUGAAUUGCCAUUAUUCAAGACAUUUUCUUAGUCAUCUUGUACAUGUAACUAGGAUUUUUAGAAUAAAGUCUGUAAG